AUGAACCGUAAACGAAAAAUCCCUGUUGCCAGACAGAAGCCCGUGAAGAAACCUCGUCGAAGUGAUGUAAAAUCUGCUGCAAAUUCGCUGCUAAUGCUAGCCCAAGCACCGACGAAUUGUUGCAAGACCGACACCGAACUUAAUGUCGCUGAGAUAUUGUUGUCGUUUAGUGCAAAUAGUGCUGCGACUGUUGGCCCUUGCAGCAAUCUGUGCAGCGACAAAUCCAACAACGAAGAUCAUCCUAGCAUCGACGAAACUUCUAACGUAGAAACGUUUGUAGACGACAAGAUUGAACAAUCAGUUGUUUGUACAUCUUUUCUAGCUAAAGUGGACGAUCCAAAGAAAACGAUGCACUAUACAGGCAUGAGCAAGGAAUGCCUUGAUACGAUUUUUAAUGAAAUCUUAAAACAAAAAGCAAAACGAAUUCACUAUUGGAGGGGUAAAAAGAGAACGAAGUUGACGACCAGCCAUAGUAUGUAUAUCAAGAAGAAGUAUGAUAUGUGCAAACUCACAACCAGGGAACAGUUUCUGUUCACAUUAAUAAGGUUGAGAAGGAAUGUCAGUAUUGAAAUGUUAAGUGGUAUAUUUGGCAUUUCUAAUGGGACUGGUAGCCGGAUUUUUGUAACCUGGAUUCUCUUCAUGAGUAAGGAACUAAAAUGUUUUGUGCCCUUCUCAACGUUAAAUGAUUUGCAAGGGAUUGAAUUUCCAACGGCACUUCGAGGUAUAAAGAACCUCAGAGCUAUCAUUGAUUGCACUGAAUUCUAUGUAGAGAAACCUUCGAGACCACACUGCCAAAGAACCACCUACAGCCAGUACAAGUCCUCCAAUACCUUCAAGUUGUUGAUCUCAAUGUCUCCUUUACCUCAUCUUAAUUUUGUUUCAAGACUCUUCACUGGCAGUAUUAGUGAUAAAGAAAUCGUAAAAGAAAGUGGUUUUUUGGAUCAUCUUGAAGCAGGUGAUGUGGUGAUGGCCGACAAAGGUUUUAAUAUUCAAGACCUGCUAGCACUCAAAGAAGCAAAGCUUUUGGCCCCACCUCUUUUAAGGAAAGGAAAUGUGUCUGCUGUAACAUCAACUCAAACUCGACGUGUGGCCACAAUAAGAGUACAUAUUGAAAGAAUGAUCAGAAAACUAAAAUGUUUUACUAUUCUGAAAGGUGCUUUCCCUUUAACAAUGAAGCCUCAUGUAAACUCAAUAAUUGCUGUUUGUGCUGCAUUAGUAAAUUUGCAGCCCAGUUGUAUAAACAAGGAGGAAGAAUACUGUAGACUUGAGCUGUAA